CCUGGAUAGAGCGACACGGCUCUCCCCUCCAUCCGGAGACAAUCAUGCUGUUGUGGUCCUUCAUUGUGUCUGUCUUUGGGAUCGGAGGCCUCCUGGGGAGCCUCUGCUGUGGCUACCUGACUACCAGAUACAGGAAAGAAAUUGGCAAACUUAUCUGCUUGGUGUGAUCCAUUUAAAGAUCUGCUUCACAAUCCACUGGUCCAGAGGCCCCUCAUGUGGGUCUUAACAAACCAUCUUAGCCUGCCUGCCAUUGUGUUCUUUCCUGUCAGGUAAGUGCCCCCAAGAAAUUUCUUGUGGGACACUGCCUAAUCCCACACCCAGAGGGUCUCCCAUGACUGGAAACAAAACUGAGUUCUCCCAUGGGUUAUUUAGUGUGUGAUAACCUGUAUCACAGUCUUUUAAACAGAGGAUCUCUGGGAGUUCUUAAUGUGUGCAAGCGGACUCUUGUCUAGCAAGCAUCACAGCAAAACUGAGUGCAAACAACUUUGACUUGACCCUGAGACAUCGUGAUCGGGAGCAUCUCAGCCCACGAUUCACACAGAGUGCUUUUUGAAGCAUGAAGCACACCUCUGAAAAAUGCCUUUUGCCAUCUCCCAAUACCUCAGAUCACAUCCAUCCAGCCGAGAGUGCCUUAAUAUGAUCCAUAUAAAAUGAGAGCCAUAGACAGAUUACAUCUGGGAAAAAGAAAAAAGUGUCAGAUUGUCACCAACCUGAUCAUGCUGGUAGCUGCACUUUUAAUGGCCUUCAGUAAAACAGCCAAAUCCUUCGAGAUGAUUCUGGCUGGACGCUUUCUUUACGGCGUUGGUACAGGGUUUUCUCUCAAUAUCCAUCCUCAGUACGUAGGAGAGAUUUCACCCAAGAAGCUGCGUGGAUUUACAAACUCCACAGUUUCUGUUUUUCUGACACUGGGGAAACUCACAGGACAGGUUGUUGGACUACGGGAGAUUUUAGGAAGCGAAGCUUUGUGGCCAUGGUUGUUAGCAUCUAGUGGACUGUCAGCAUUGCUUCAACUGGUUACUCUUCCAUUUUUCCCUGAUUCACCAUCCUACCUCCUGAUCCAGAAGGGUAAUGAGGAAGCCUUCAGGAAAGCCAUUAGGAAGCUCUGGGGGGAAGGAGACCAUCAAGCAGAAAUUGAUGACAUUAUGAAGGAGAAGGUUGCAAUGACGAGCACCAAAACCUUGCGUGUCCUUGAAUUAAUAAAAGAGCCAUCUAUGCGCUGGCAGCUUUACAUUUUGAUGACUGUCAUGACCACCUUGCAGCUCUGUGGAAUCAAUGCAAUAUACUUCUAUUGUUUUGAAGUAUUCCAUACAGCCAAGUUUGAAGAAUAUCUUAUCCCAUACGUGUCCCUGGGAGUUGGGCUAUGUGAAUGCCUAUCUUCUAUAUUGUGUAGCACCCUUAUAGAGCGAUUUGGGAGGAAGGUGCUGCUCUGGGGAGGAUAUACACUAAUGUGUUCUGUGCUAGCACUCCUUACCACCACCCUGUCACUGCAGCACCAGUUCUUCUGGCUGCACUACUUCAGUGUUAUCUUGAUCUUCCUAUUCGUUGUCUUCUAUGGAAUUGGACCAUCUGGAGCCUCCAUAACUAUCAUGGUUGAAAUCUUCAGCCAGUCAUUCCGACCAUCAGCCUUUCUGAUUGUUGGCUGCAUCAACUGGAUGGGACUGUUUGUACUUGGGAUGAUUUUUCCAUUGAUUGUUGAUAACCUCGGUCCCUUCUGCUUCCUCAUCUUUUUGGGAAUCCUUGCUUUAUCAGCAACUUUCAUCUACCUCUACCUCCCUGAGACCAAGGGAAAGUCAAUCAUGGAGAUAAAGGCAGAGUUCAACAAGCUGAAUUUUGGAAAAAAGGAAAUCUCAGUUACAGAAAAUAACUUCCCUAAGGAUCAGUUGUUCUGCACCAAACUCUGAAUGUUCAAAGGAGAACUCUGCAUCCUUUAGAAAAGACAGAAAACAAUGCUGCAAUGGAAAUAAAAAGGAAUCAUUAAAAAUAGAA